AUGUGCGGCAGCGACGGGGCUGGGCAUGGCUGCCUGGGAGACAUGGUCGCUCUGCCGCACGUGCUCGAGCCGCAGAGGUAUUUGAUGACAUCGCUCCUAUUCCUUGGCGGGGAAUCGCUUCGAGAUUGCGAGGACGAGAAAGCAGCAAUUGCAUUGCUGCAGGGCACGAGUGGCUGCGCAUAUACAUAUCGCGGCCUCGUUGCCGCGACGUGCGAGCUGGACGACCAUGUUGCGACAGAUGUCGCACGCCGCAUGUCGACGGCAGAGUUGCGGGGCGCAGUGCCUUUGCAUUCACGGACGCAGGGUUUGAGAACCAAGGGGUUCCAAGCGUUGGCCAUGGCCAUGUGCCUGACUGAGGAGCUGCGCGACCUCCACAAAGGGUGCCCUUUUAAGCUAUUCAGGUUGCUCGUCACUCCAGAUGACGAUUCCCUCAUCAUGGAGAUUGAGCACGAUGUUCAUUUGUGGUGCCCUUGGCCGGAAGCGUUCAUCGGGACGUGGAAGGAGCAUGGUUUGGCGUGUGAUUCAGCUUUGAUGGACUUGCGUGUGGCUGUGCUGUCAGCUUCUUUUGACACGAGCGCCUUGGAAGCCAAGCAUUCUGCAAUUCGCCGCGUGCUUCUCGGUCGCAGCAACCAGACCACACCGCCGUCAGUGGACGAUGUUUCUGCGCUCGAGGUCCUUCGGCUUUAUCGAAAGCACGCUGCCCGCGUGGAGAGUAUCUUGUUCCCUGCGUCUGCGGCUGCCGAUGACGGCGGUGACGUAGACGGACCUGGGCUGGAUGCGACUGGCGGGCCCGCUCAGGCUUCUGGCAAGAAGAGGCGCGGUGGUGGCGGCGCAUGGCGAAUGUUCGUGGCAAGCCAUCCUGAAGUGAGAGACAUGAGCAUCAUGUCGGAUAUGUACGACAAUCUGACCCCCGAGGAGCGAAGCCAGUUGCUCGAGCGGGGUCGGUCCGCCACGGAGCAGCACCGCUUGGGCAGUGCAGCUACACAGGGUUCUACUCGGGUGGCCGCUCGUGUAGCUAAGAGGCAGCGGCGCGAGAAUGAG